UUUGUAUUACUUUAAAUGUAUGAACUUACAUAACCUGUUGUUUGAGGUUGAGUACAACGUACAGUGAAAGUAAGAGUGAGAGAGAGAGAGUUCCACGGUGCUACGGAAUGUAGUUUAACAAGGAAGAAGCUACAAAAAACAUUUGAGGAGAGUAAAAUCAAGGAGCAAAAUAAGGGGAAAAAGAUCAAGAAAACGCUUGUUAAGGAAUCGUCAUAAUGGAAAUCCCUGAAUCAUCGUCAGUGAGUAAAAUAUAUUAAAUAUUUAAGUAUUUUAAAGAAAACCAUAUUAAUAAAUUGAAAACUGUUCCUUUCACCCUUGUGUUUGGGAAUUGGGAAUGGGAAUUAGCAUGUUAUAAAUGAGAUAUCAGCAUGCUUUUGAAAAAAAAGACUGUAAUGUAAUGGAAGCAGAAUAUAGAGUUUAGAUAGUGUGAAAAUACACAAGAAAAUUGCAUUAUUGUGUUUAAAGGCACUAUGGAAAGCACAGUAUGCCUAAGAAGUUGCAGUCUCCAUUUAUCAAGGUGCAAUCAGUAGCUUGAUUCUAAUUUAAGUUUUACACAUUAAGGAAUAUGUUUUUGUUGUACACUCACAUGAGAAAAAGACCAACCUGAUCUCAUAGAAUUCCGUGUAAUGACCACGGACCCUUAAAUCUGUGGUGGCAUCACGGAAUCGCCGAAAAGUCCGUGAUGGGCUCACAGAAGUGAUACCAAUGUAAGUCAGUGACAGGCAUCAGCCGUGGUCCACGCACGGAUCCAUUACACGGAAUUCUGUGAGACCAGGUUGCAAAUUAUAUAUUGGGUAAUAACAUUGCCAUUAUUGCAUAUAUGUUGGAGUGUGAUUUUUCAAUGUAAACAGUCAAAACAGUUUUAUUUAUAAUUACAUUAUUUACACAUUUAUGAGCACGUAAACCAACCCCUGCCCCUAAACCUACCAUUUGUAAAUAGAACACAAGAUAUAACAGACAGACACCACUACCGUCAUAAUUUAUUCAAAAAGUAUUAAUAUUCCAAGUCUUCCGAGGCAAAACGAUUGAUUUGUGAGAGGAAUAGACGCGAUCGCCGUCUCCGUCCGCUAUGUGCUGCAGUCUCUGUGCGUAAAUUCCAAAAAAUGCCGCCAGAAGAAGCUUUAUGCCAGCUUUAGUUGUGAAAUACCAUUGGCUCUUGCAUGUCUCGUGAUCGAUUGCGUCAUGCUGAUGCGACAGGCUGAUAUAUGAAAAGUUAAAGUUAUAAAGUCAAGGUGCAAGAGCCCAACCAAAGCAAACACUGAUCUCCAUCAUGGUAGUGUCAAAAAAAAUAAAAAUAAUAAUAGGCUAAUAAUUGCUACUAUUGGAUUUAGACACAAUUUAUACGCAAGAAUUGCUGGUAAAUUUAAAACAUUCACAAAGAAACAGCAAGUAACAUUAAAUUAAACAUAAAAUUUUAUAGCUGAAAGACUAAAAUAGUAUUUUCUUGUAAAAAGUAUUAGAAUUUAACUUUCAAACAGAAGAGAACAGAACAGAACAGAACUUUGAAAAAAAUAUUUUUUACAGUGUACAUGGCCCUUUGCUGUAUGUUAGUGAUAUCCAAAGAAAUCAGUAAAUGCUUUUUAGAUUUUAUAUGGUACAAUAAACCUUACAAUUUAAAAAAAGGACACUAUAUCUAUAAUUGUUGGAUUUGUUUAAUAAUAACAAUACUUUAUUGUUAUUGUUGCCUUAUUGUUAACACAAUUAGUUAAGAAUUUGACAGAAAAUGAAAAAUGUAUGUGGUUCUAUAAAUCUUUUCUAUUGCGAUGUAACUUACUACCUGGAAAAUUGCCAGUCAAACUUUUCACCAGCAAAUGGUACUGGCUUGGAAAAUUAUUUCCAAUUAUAUUAAUAGUAGACUGGUAGGGUUAGAGUUAGAAUAAGUUGACAUUUACUUGAAAAGUUAGUUAUAGUCAGUAAAACGUAUGUUGGGAGACCAUCACAAUAAAGAGUUCGCAGAUAUCAAGCAGAAAGUCUACUAAUACUCUAAUGAGAGUUGGUUGAUAUGAAGGUGCAGCGUUACUUACUGUCAACAGAAUGUUCAAAAGGGACCAUCAAAAUAAAGUGUUACCGUAAUUUGUGAUCACUUCUUGAUGACAAAAUCAUCAUCUCACUAAGUUUUUUUGAGCACUUUCCACAUUUACAACCAAAAAGAAAUUAAUACUAAAAAAGAAGUCAAGGAUCAAGGGCCCAACUAAAGAAAAUGCUUAUCUCCACAACGGUGACUUCAAACUUUAUUAUUGUCAAUAAAACAUCAACAUCUAAACCUCUGUUAAUUCUUAAUAAGGAGUUUUUUUAUGAAAGAUAAUAAGUCAGACUGGUUUGUAAUAAGUGAAGAUGCUGAUAUCUAGAGAGAUCUGUUAGUGUUUAAAUUUCUUUUGGGAUUUAAAGGGUUUCUUUUGUCUGUGUUUUGUGGGUCACCAUUGUGCUGAAGAGUAGAAUGUGUGCUUCAGUCCAGGAGAAGACCAAGAAACAUUGAUGCUAUGCUUAUGCUGGAUGUCACUUUAUUUAAAGACAGUAGCUGUGUUGUUGAUAGUUACAUUAACUUAAGCACGUGUGCUGUUGCUAGCUAAUGGUUAACUACAAAGAGCUUCGAUUUUAUAGAGAAUAUUUUACAAUGAUAAUUCAGAAAUGUUGUUUCCAUUAACUGUAAAUGUUUAGCACUCUGUGCUGUUAUGCAUUUUGCCGUUUUUUUUUUUUUUUUUUACUGUAUGGAAAGUGAUUCUCAUCAUUUAAAAUAAAAAAGAUUAUAUGUUACUUAAGCAUUUUUACCUAACUGGAGAAAUCAAAUUACAUCUACUAACAGUUAUGCUUCAGUAAAUCUUUUUUUCAGGUUGGUUGAAUUCAGUUAUAAUCAGUAACCUUAAAUCAUUUAUUUCAUUUAAACAAAACCAGUUAUUGUAGAUGUUACCAGUUGACAUACUAUUUCUAAGUUGAACCGACUAAACAUUUUUUUCAGUGCAUACACAACAUUACAAAAAGAAAUAAUAUUAAUUGGCCAAUGAUAAGCUUUAAAGGGGCAUUUCGUUAUGUUGUCGUCGUCGUCGCUGUUGCUGUUGUUUAAGAUUUUAAAUUAAUCUAUAAAAUAAACUGAAUAAAUGUAGGGUACUAAAUGUAUAUGCAUUGCAGUGGGGACUUCUUUAAGACUGCAAGGGAAGCUCGGCUUCCCCUAUAAUGUCAAAAAAUGAAUGGUCAGAUAUGUACUAUUGUGUUAACAUUUUAUUGACUAAAAAUGCGUUAGAACACGUUCAUCUCGAAGACGAGUUCGUUCAGAAUCAGCUACAUAUUCAGGUCGGCUGACUCGAUUUCCUUCUCAUACAUUCCCGUAGCUUCAGUGUAUUUCCCCGUUGAAGCCGAGCGUCCAUUGCCUUCAAUGGGGCUGCUUUGAACAGUUUUUUUCAGUGCUUCCAAACUAGACGGUCAUUGGAUAAAUGCUGCGAUUAUGUCCCGCCCCCGGACGCUCAGCGUCUCUGGGGGUGAAUGGAGGAGUGGACUGGCCUGGACGCCGGGCUUCUGCGUGAUGAUUGGACGGUCUGUAUCUCCUUUUGAUUGACAGCGAUUUUGUACUAUAAAAAGUCUCUGACGCUGAACUAUUGGAGCUCAGGCCCAUCGCGGCUUUGCACUUGGUUCUUAUCAAUCAUUAUAUAUAUUUUUUUAUUCAUUUAUAAUGUUAUGUUUUAAUAUAGCCUACAUGCUGCUAACUCGGAAAUUUCAAGAUAUGCGAGCAAAAAAUGCUCCUGACACUUUGGCAAUAUGACACGAGAAAGAGUGCUGUUUUUGUUUUGUUUCUGUGUUUGAUCCAAAUCCGCGUUGUCUUGGGUGAAUCACUGAUUCACUGAGCCAUUCAUAAAAACAAUCAUUUGAUUCGCUCCUGAAGGAUUCAGCCGUUUUGAAAGAAUCAUUUGAAUGACUCAGUGAUUCAAUCACGAACUUCUGCCACCUGCUGGCCGUUUUUAAGGUUCCCGUCUAAAAGUAGGCAUAUUACAUUAUUUUCCAACAUAUUUCUACAUUCAGAAUUUAGUAUUUAAAACAUUAAUCUCAUAACAUUAUUUAUGCAAUUAUAAAUACAGUCUAAAUGAAUAAUUGUCACAUCUAAAUGUCACUUCAUGCAGCUUCUGUGCAGUACUAAGUUGAGUUUUGUUUAGAUCAUUUCAUGGAUAACAAUAGCCAGUCAUUCAUUCACAUUAAGUAUUCAGAGAAUAAUAUUGUCUGUUUUCACUUACAUCUAUUUAUUUAUUACAUUUUGAUUCAUUUUGUAGAACUGAAUUAUAAAUUAAGCUGGUAUAGUAUCGUAAGACAUUUUUAUGGUAUCAUGACAACCCUAUUAUACACCACAUUCCUUGUUUCAGUUUAACCUAAUUCCCACAUUUCCUCCGUCAAGUUUUUUUUUUAGAUUGUUUGUUCAUUCAUUCAUUCAUACAGUAGGCUAGGCUAGCGUCACUGGAAAAGACGCCUAGGUGGUACGACAGGGUCACAGAGCAUUUUCUUGAAAAGGAACGUAGAGCAGGAUUUACGUAUAAAUAAAUGGACAAUUUUUAUGAUGUAGGCCGAAAAUGAGCUUCCCCUCUUUGAAAGACCAGCAGCCGCCACUGAUGCAUUGAUGAAACUACCUAGUCGACCUGAGUUGUUUGAUUUUGAGGGGGUUUCUAUGAUCCAUUACUUCACUGACAACUGGGAAAAGGUGAAAAACUUUCAAGCAAGACCUGAUGACAUUCUAAUCGCCACUUACCCCAAAGCAGGUACCACCUGGGUGUCAUAUAUUCUAGACCUUCUGUACUUUGGUAACGAUGCUCCAGAGCGCCAAACUUCCCAGCCUAUCUAUAUGAGAGUGCCAUUCCUGGAGUCAUGUUUUAAAAUGAUGCCAUCAGGGACAGAAUUGGCUGAUAAUCUGCGAACUUCUCCUCGCCUCAUCAAAACUCAUUUACCUGUUCAGCUUGUGCCCAAGUCCUUCUGGGAGCAGAACUCAAAGAUUGUGUAUGUAGCUCGGAAUGCAAAAGACAAUGCAGUUUCUUAUUUUCAUUUUGAUCGAAUGAACAUGGUACAGCCUGAACCAGGAGACUGGAACACUUUCUUACAGAAAUUUAUGGAAGGAAAAAAUGUGUUCGGCCCUUGGUAUGACCAUGUCAGUGGAUGGUGGGAAAAAAAACAGACUUUUUCUAACCUAAUAUACUUGUUCUAUGAGGAUUUGGUGGAAGACACUGGACGUGAGUUGGAACAUUUGUGUUCCUUCUUGGGUUUGUCAACCUCAGUUGAAGAGAGGGAGAAAAUAACGAAAGGGGUUCAGUUUGAUGCCAUGAAACAGAACAAAAUGACCAACUAUUCCACUAUCCCAGUAAUGGACUUCAAGAUCUCACCCUUCAUGAGGAAAGGUAAAGUUGGAGACUGGAAAAAUCAUUUCACUGUGGCACAAAAUGAACAGUUUGAUGAAGUCUACAAACAGAAGAUGAAGAACACCACUGUCAAGUUCCGCACUGAGAUCUAAUACUAGAGAGUUCUAAAUGUUGCACAUGAGUACUAACUAAAAAAGUUACAUUUAAUUUUUAAACUUUAAUGUCCCGAUGAAAUCAAAAUUGAGCAAAAUGUUUGUUUGUUUGUUUGAUUUUCUUUUAGUAGGAAUACGUUAGCCUUAAGAUAUCUUUAAGCUGGUGUGCUCUGAAACUGACAAAAUUCGCAUUUAUAAGAUAUAAGCAUUCAAAACUUACAGUGUCUAUACGGAUCAAUGAUUUUGCUGACAUCAUUCUGCACUUCAUCUUCUCAUCAGAUCAGACCAGUCAAAUGCUCUCUAGAAUCUGAAGCCCUUAUACUGUACUAUAAAAGACAUUAAAGCUGUGACUGAAAAUGAUUACUUGUUCACUCAUGGUACAAUGGUCAAUGGUACACUGUAACAUUGCAGCACUACAAACAGACAUCCUCAGCAUUAUAAACAGCCGUGAUGAGGAGAAUUAUCCAUUAAGUGUGAGUGCAAGUGGAAUGUGUGUAUUAGUCUUGUGAUGAACUGGUCAUCCAUCCAAUCUGUUUCCCUGCCUGCAGACAAAUUAGAUUUUUUAUGUCAGUCAACUGGCAAUCUUUAUGCCCAGUGCAUCCCAUAUUAACAAAAAACUACUAACUUUACUACAUUUAUCAGUUGAAUGACAUUAAUUCAGUGUACCUUUUCUAAUCACACUGUAAAACAUGUUCACUAACCAACUAAACUGUGGUCAGUGUGUCUUUAUUGCAUGCUUCUCAAAAGGAAUGCUGUAUCCUAGAAAGUAUAAGCAGGUGGUUGCAGGCAGAGGCGUCAUGCCCAUUCAAAGUGCACGUGCCUCCUCAGAUUUUUGAGCCAAGUGGAUUUUGAAUGCAGCUUCCCAAAGACAAAAAAUAGCCGAUUAAUAUUUUCUAUAUUUAAUACAAUCAUAUUAGAACGUUCAGUGCGUCAUAUCAUCAGCUGAUAAAUUCAAAUCGUUCGCUGGCUGUCGCUGAGCCAGAGACAGACGCAUUUGUACAGUACUGCGCAUUAUAACCAAUCAUACACGAUUCUGUUGAGCUUAUGAAUGCAAUGACCAAUCAGAGGUGUUCGGAUGAGUCAUCGCUAAAAUGCCGGUGUUUUCUUCACUUGCUCGAUGACUGAAUAGCCUACCUCUUUCUGGCAAAUUCUCUCGUCAGAAACAACAAAGUGUAGAUGUGUGCACGAAUAUGUAAGUAAGAUAUUCAUUUCAUAGUUUAAAAAGCUUCAGUGAUUUUAAUGGGAGUUUUUGAGAGUGCUUGAACUCUAGACUGUCAGUGAAAAUGUUCUUUGAUCAUGUAAAUGUUCUUUGAUCUUUUUCUGUACAAUGAAAGUGUUAUGAUUAGUAGCCUAACUUACAAUGUUUUUAUUCACAUUAACUUUCAAUGUUAAAGUCACAUUAAAUAUAAAGUCAGUCGUAUUAAAAUAUGUUAUGGCAUGACACCCAUAUCUGUUAAUUAAGUAAACAGACAGGUUUUUAUGCAAUAGAUUACAUUAUUAGGUUACUUUGACCAUCGCCCACUAGAUCAACUAACAUAAUCUAUAAAGGUGAGAAUCAAGAUAUUUCAUGAUAUAGUUAAUGUGUUUGGGAAUGUUUCAAAUAAAAAGGAAAAAAUAAAUAAAACAUGACUGCUGUUGUGGCUGCUGUGUGUCACAUGACGACCCUUUUUAUGGAUUACAUGAUUAUACACUAUUCACACAAUGGCAGUAAAUCAUUCAUAAUGUAUUGAUUCUCCCUAAUUCUUUUUUUUUUUCUUUUCUUUUUUUUUCUUUCUACAUUCACAAUAUAGAAUGGACAUAUAAAUGUCAUGUAAAUACAUUUUCAAACCAUGCUAAUGAAAAAGCACCUCUUAACCAUGUAUGAAACAAAAUAAUUAAACAGUUUAUUCAACACUGCUGAUGCUGUGAAACACUAUGUCUUCAUCAUAUCCUGAGUGACCUUCAGUAACAAAAAAUUUUCAAACCUGAAAGACAUUGGGCAUGUGAUGUCAUUGUUGUUUUCAUGUUAAUUAAUGUUUGUACAUGUAAUGGGUUUCCCAGGUUUCCCAAACAUGCUUGUCAUCUACACCCCUUUGACAUUAAAUAUUUAUUUGAAA